AUGACCCUGAUAGCUGCUCUCCUGCCGCUGGCACUCCAGCUGCUUGCAUCGACGUCGGCGCUGGCGAGUCCCACGCCGGUGACCGAGACCCUGCAGCGACGAUCUUCAGAGGUGGUCUCCAAAUCUACAUCCUCAGCUGCCUCCAAAGAGACACCUGGCUUCGUCAACAACGGUACGAUCGGCAGCUACCCAUGCCUGUACAGCUCGCAGACUGAAGACUCGCAGUUGAUUCUUGGCGCCGGAUCCACCGUCCCCGGUUCGCAGUGCCCACAAGCUUUGCCCGCCGUGUACCCAAACAACCGAAUCGAGCUGCGUGCGCCGGACGACUCGAUCCGCGCUACUUUCCAGCCUUACGGCUCCAGCGUGACCGAGCUGUGGGUCAAGGACCGCUGGGGUGGAUGGAGAGACAUCGUGCUGGGCUACGACAACACAACCAAUUGGGCGACGGAUCCGAACCAUCCCAACUUCGGCCCUAUCGUAGGUCGAUACGCAAACCGCAUCAAGAACGGUACAUUUGAGCUCAACGGCCACGAGUACCACGUUCCCAAGAACGAGAAUGGUCUCGACUCGCUGCACGGCGGCGACAUCGGCUACGACCGCAGCAACUACACGAUUGCGCAUCUCAGCGCCAACGAGCUGGUUCUCGAGCACACGGAUCCGGACGGCUUCCAGGGCUUCCCCGGCCAGGUCAAGACGACGACGCGCUACCGGCUCGGCAAGAACGCGACGUGGCACAUCGAGCUCAAUGCGACAGCGACACAGCAAACACCAAUCCUGCUUUCGUCGCAUGUCUACUGGAAUCUGGACGCAUUCAACGAGACAGCGUCGGCGCUGGAUUACGUCCUGCACAUGCCCUACGCCGACAAGUACGUCGAGACCGACUCGAUCCUCAUCCCCACCGGCCCACUGCCCUCGGUCAAGGACACCCCGUUCGACUUCCAAUCCCCGACGCCGUUCUCCCAGAACUUCAACGAGACCGAGGGCGUCUGCGGCGCCGGCUGCCAAGGCUGGGACUCGUGCUUCAUCAUGUCCAGCCCGCCGGGCUAUCAUACGUCUAAACCCGUGGUGGAAAUGUACAGUCCUAAGUCCGGGAUCAAGCUCUCGGUCGCGACGAACCAGCCCGCGGUGCAGGUGUAUACGUGCGAUGUAAUCAACAAUCCGAGCAAGGGCAGCAUCCCCAGGAAGCAGGUGCACGGCGGCAAGGUGGGCGACCAGAUUGGCCAGGUGGUCUAUGGUAACCAUGAGUGUGUGGUGCUGGAGAUGGAGGACUACAUUGACGGCAUCAACAACAAGAAGUGGGGGAGGGAUCAGAUCUACGGGCCGGACAGACCGUAUCACUGGAAGUCGACGUACACGUUUACGACGGUGGACGAGGAUGGUAAGCCGAUGUAG